AUGGCCGGUCUCAGCCCCCAGGUUACCAACAUUGUCAUCAUUCUUGGAAUGAUGCAAGUGUCCAAGAGGAUUCCAUUCGAAGAUCCCAAUACCCUGAACAUCGUUCGUGCCCUCUACAUUGCCAGCAACUUGAUCAUUGCUGUGCUCUAUGUCUUCACUCAGCUCAAGAUCAACAAGAAGAAGGAUCUCACCACGCUCAAGUAUGUCGAGCCUGCUGCUAUGGGAUCGACCGAGGAGCCAAAGCUCGUCACCACGACCAUCCACGCCUACGACUCUGCGCAGGUGAAGCAGCUUUUCCGCUCCCAGCUCAUGGGUGUCGGUAUGAUGGCCUUCAUGCACUUGUACCUCAAGUACACCAACCCGCUCCUGAUUCAGUCCAUCAUCCCGCUCAAGGGCGCUCUCGAGUCCAACCUGGUCAAGAUUCACGUCUUCGGCAAGCCUGCUGUCGGCGACCUGAAGCGGCCAUUCAAGCAGGCUGCUGGCUUUAUGAGUGGUCUCCAGAGCGGCCCCGCCCAGAGCGACAAGAAGGCUGUCGAGGCUGCUGAGAGAGCCGGCCGCGGUGGUGCUAAGGAGGAGUAA